GGUGCCAUUCUGUCGCUGAAGCAGUCGCCCUUGAGCCACACGAGCCAUCCUUCUCUCUCCUCCACCUUCCUCCCUCUUCCUCACUGUCCCGCGCGCCGUUGAACCAUUAUGUUGAUCAAAGUGAAGACUCUUACUGGGAAGGAGAUCGAGCUCGAUAUCGACCCUGAUGACAAGAUCACGCGCAUUAAGGAGAAGGUCGAGGAGCAGUCUGGUGUACCCCCUCCGCAGCAACGGCUGAUCUAUGGUGGAAGACAGAUGCCUGAUGACAAGACGGCGAAGGACUUUAACAUCACGGCAGGCACUGUCCUGCACCUCGUGCUUGCCCUUCGUGGUGGCUGCUAGAGCGCACUCAGAGUCAGACCGCACCCGAUGUUCCGAUAUCCGUCAUGAGGGGGAGAGAAGAUUCACAGUAAAUCAAUGUAGCUAUCACCUAUCGUGCGUUAGAAAUGUGCUUUAAUCGCGUUCUCGCUGCUAUCGAGAAUUUUGCUGCCCCCGGAACAAUUCACGCACAUCA